AUGAAGAGGGCAAUCUCUUCUUCAUUGCUUUUAGUUACUUAUCUUCUUUUACUAAUAAAUCUUUGGACGUUAGCUUCUUCAGCUGAUAAUGCCGAUCAAGAAUUUCUUAAAUGCCUAUCUAGCCCAUUUUAUGAAGGCAUCAAGCUCUCUGAAAUCCUCUACACACCAAACAACAGUUCAUACACUUCUGUUCUGCAGUCUUCAAUCCAAAACCUCAGGCUUGCAGGGCUGACAGGCCAAAUGCCAUCCUUCAUUGUCACACCGAUUAUCUAUUCUCAAGUACAAAUUGUGGUUCUUUGUGCUAAAAACCAUCAACUUCAAGUUAGAGUUAGAGGGGGAGGUCAUGAUUUUGAGGGUCUUUCGUAUGUUUCUGACCAGCCCUUUGUCUUGAUUGAUCUCAUCAAUCUCCGAAACAUCACAGUUGAUGCUGGUAAUGGCACUGCUUGGGUUCAAUCUGGUGCAAAUCUUGGCGAACUCAACUACAGGAUUGCUGAGAAAAGUAGUGAGUUUGCCUUUCCUGGAGGUGUUUGGCCUACUGUUGGAAUUGGAGGAUUUCUUGGCGGAGGAGGAUAUGGCUCAUUGACUCGAAAAUAUGGACUUGGUGCUGACAGUGUCAUUGACUAUCGCUUCUUGAACUAUGAGAGUAAUGUGUUUGACCGCGUUUCAGUUGUAGGUAGUGAAGAUAUAUUCUGGGCUGUUAGAGGAGGAACAGCUUCUAGCUUUGGAAUUGUUCUUGAAUGGCAAAUAAAAUUGGUUCCGGUCCCUAAAAAUGUGACUGUUUUUGCAGUUACUAGGACCUUGGCACAAAAUGCAACUUGGAUAUUUCAUCAGUGGCAAUAUGUUGCCCCAAAUAUUCACAGAGAUCUUUACAUUAAAGCCAAGAUUACAAGUAUCAAAACAGCAGACGGGAAGGAGAAAACAAUACAAGUUUCUUUUGAGUCCUUGUUUCUUGGACCUGUUGAUAGACUACUAAAUAUAAUGGAAAAGAGCUUCCCGGAAUUAGAUUUGGUCAGAAAAGAUUGCACCGAAAUGAGUUGGGUGAAAUCCACACUUUGGUUUGCAAAUGCUGGUUUUCCAAAUGGUGAAUCUCUUGAACUUCUGCUGAACAGAAAUGCAUUUCAAAAGUUCUACUUUAAGGCAAAAUCAGAUUUUGUUCAAGAGCCUAUUCCAGCAGAAGCCUUAGAUGGGAUCUGGAAAUUGUUCUUUGAGUUGGAGGCAGGUGAAGCACAAAUAGAAAUAACUCCAUUUGGAGGCAAAAUGGAUGAGUUUCCAGAAUCAGCACUUCCAUUUCCUCAUAGAGCUGGAAAUUUAUACAUGAUGCUUGAAGGCGUGCAGUGGGACAAUAAAACGUCACCAGAAAAACAAGGCAAGCUCUUGAAAUGGCUUGAAAGACUGCACAUGUACUUAACUCCUUUUGUGUCUAAGAAUCCAAGAGCUAGUUAUGUGAACUAUAAUGAUCUUGACUUGGGAGUGGGAAGCAAGACUUAUGAUGAAGCUAGUGUGUGGGGUAAUAUGUAUUUUAAAAACAAUUUCAAGCGGCUGGUUCAAGUGAAGACAGAACAUGAUCCACACAAUUUCUUUAGGCAUGAUCAGAGCAUUCCUGUUUUCCCUGAAAUGUCAUCACUUUGA